GUUAAAAUCAUUAAUACUGUCAUUACUGUCAAAUAUUUAAAGAGCUAAUGAUUAUUGCCGGUAUAAAAUAACAAUUUGAAAUAUAAGAAUCGUUCUUUGCCAUCGAAUGAUUUAGUUGCAUCUUGAUAAAUAAAUAUUUUCACAUACUUAUUGCCUACAUAAAUAUUAAACAUUAUUGAAGUAAAUAAAAUGGCGGACGAUUGGGAAGAGAGUGAACCUGUUGUUGUGGUACCGGCAUCAACUACCUACAUCCAAAAUUCACGUGUGUUUCAUCAAACUGGUAGAGGAAGAGGAAGAGGAGGAUGGAGGACUCCCAGUGACGAUUCCAAUCAGAGAUUCCGUGGCCAAGACAACAGGGAUAACCGCCGAAGUUACAACAAUGAUCACAAUAGUAAAAAAAUUAUAACGGUGUCAUCAGAUAAAGUUGGUCGCAUUAUUGGGAAAGGUGGAAAUAAAAUACGUGAUCUCGAAUAUGAAUCCGAGGCUAAGAUAAGGAUUGGAGACUCCAGCGGCAGUUUAACCUCCAUAACACUGUUCGGUUCCCCUGAAGCAACCGCUAAGGUCGAAGAUAUGAUAAAUAAACUGAUCGAGGAUCGUAAACCGCCAACGAGGGAACAUUUUAACAACAGUGACACUGGAAGUGGUUCUAAUGAUUUUAUGAAACAAAGUCAAGACGGUGUUGAGAUUAUUGAUUGGGAUAAAUUAAAUGCUGCACAUGACGAAGAGCAAAAAAAAAGAUGGGAUAGCUUACCUCCAAUCAUUAAAGAUUUCUAUAAGGAAGAUCCCACUGUGGCCGGUAUGACCCCAGCAGAUGUAACUCGCUGGAGAUUGGCUAACCAUGACAUUCAAGUAAAAAGAACAUUUGAUGACAAACCAGAGCUCCGUCCCAUUCCCAAUCCUGUUUUAACAUUUGAACAGGCAUUUCAUCAAUAUCCAGAAAUUUUGGAAGAAAUUUAUAAGCAAGGCUUUAAGCAACCAUCUCCAAUUCAGAGUCAAGCUUGGCCAAUUUUGCUCAGGGGUGAUGAUAUGAUUGGUAUAGCACAAACUGGAACUGGGAAGACAUUAGCUUUUCUGUUGCCUGCUUUAAUACAUAUUGAUGGACAAACCAUUCCGAGGGAAGAGAGAGAAGGUCCAACUGUAUUAAUAUUAGCACCAACUCGGGAACUCGCUCUGCAGAUUGAGAAGGAAACAUUAAAAUACCAAUACAAGGGAAUAACUUCUGUCUGCCUAUACGGCGGUGGAGAUAGAAAGGAACAAAUAAAAAUGUGUAAAGGUGGUGUAGAUAUUGUCAUUGCUACACCAGGAAGAUUGAAUGAUCUUGUCUUGGCUCGUCAUCUGAAUAUAAUAAAUUUUUCAUACAUCGUUCUUGAUGAAGCAGACAGAAUGUUGGAUAUGGGUUUUGAACCACAAAUCAGAAAGUCCUUAUUUGAUGUGAGACCAGACCGCCAAACUGUUAUGACAUCUGCCACUUGGCCUGCAGGUGUACGUCGUCUAGCCGAGUCAUAUAUGAAAGAUCCAAUACAGGUAAAUGUAGGAUCUUUAGACCUUGCAGCUGUACACACUGUAACUCAGAAAAUUGUGUUCCUCGAGGAAGAUGACAAGGAGGCAGCUCUUUUUGAAUUCAUUCAAAACAUGGAUAAAAAUGAUAAAGUCAUCAUAUUCUGUGGGAAGAAAGCUACAGCCAGGCAUAUUUCGACGGAACUCUGCUUAAAAGGCAUCGAGUGUCAAUCUCUUCAUGGGGAUAGGGAGCAAAUUGACCGGGAAGCUGCUUUGGAAGAAAUGGUUGAUGGCACAGUUAAUAUCCUAGUAGCUACUGAUGUAGCUUCUAGGGGCAUUGAUAUAAAAGACUUAACACAUGUUGUCAACCUGGAUUUCCCCCGUCACAUUGAAGAGUAUGUCCACAGAGUUGGUAGAACUGGAAGAGCUGGAAAGACAGGCAUAUCUCUGUCUUUCAUAACAAGACAGGACUGGGCUCACGCUCAGGAUUUGAUAAAAAUCUUAGAAGAAGCUAAUCAAGAAAUUCCAGAUGAGUUGUUAUCUAUGGCUAACAGAUUUGAGGCUAUGAAAAUUCGUAGGGAACAAGAGGGUGGGGAUAGAAGGGGCCGAGGUGGAAGGGGUAGGAGGGGUAGAUACUGAAUACCCCAAAAAUCCCAUUAUCUAUGAAAAUUUUAUAUUUAUAUCAGUGUCUAAUUAUAUCCCCAUUGUAAACUAAAAGACUUUGUCAUCUUUAAGAUCUGCUUAUAAUGUUAGGUGAUUGUGAUCCUUUUAUUGCGAUAAUUUAAUUUAUACUGCUUUUCUAUUUUGAUGUUGGCAAGAGUCUUCGGAUUUUUUUUUAUAAGUAACUUAAAGUAUUUCAUAGUCGAGUUCAGUAUUAUUGUUGUUCCAUAAAAUCCUCACAAGUUGAAUUUGUUUGGUAUUGGUAGGGUUUCCUCAACUGUUGGUGAUGUUUUUUUUUUCCAUCUUAAUGAUUAUAUUUUGUAUUUUAAGUUCAAAGUUCCAUACUGUCUAUUAUUUCAUUGUGAUAAAAGGUGGUUAGCCUUGUUUUGUAAUUUUUAUUACUAAUAAAAGCCUGAGAUGUCUAUUUUCCUUUAUUAUGUAUUAAUAAAAUUCAGAUAGGACUUAAUAGGUAAUAUUCAUGAUUUGAGUAUAGGUAACAUUUUAUUUAAAAAUACAACACUUAAAGCAUCUGGCGAAGAAUUUACCCAAUAUUUGAAUAAGUUUUAUCUUAAAGAGUAAAUAUUCGUUCAGGUUAUAACACUUAACAUGGACACACUUACUACUAACCAUCGAACUUAGUACAGAGUGCAUAAAUCAGAUUUAAAAUUAUAGCAAAUUAGGUAUCUACAGUAUAGAAAUAA